CUGAUGAUCGCUAGUGUUUACUCUUUUUCAUUUGGAUCCAGAGUUUACUGGUUGUCUAUAUAGUAGUGGAUGAAUUUCUUUGAGAAUAAGCUGAGCUGUCAGUGCUGUCACAACAAUAACAAGUUUUUUUGGAAUUAAGGUUAAGAACUAGUAUUUUUUAGAUUUAAAUACCUAAUAAGAAAAAUGUUGGAAAACGAAGAUGAUUACGAUUUUAUCCCCUCAGAUAGUUCUAAACUUUCAUCUUUAUUUGGUUCUCUUACACUGGAAAACGAGGAAACUAAUAAUAGCUUAAUGUACACUGCUCCAAAACAACCAAAUCAGUCGAAAAUCCAACAAAAUACCGAAAAGCAGUCUACUUCAUCAAAAGUCUUGUUAAUAAAAAUUGUUUCUUUAUGGAAAUCGGAGAAUAAAACUUUCAAACCUGUGGGCAAACAUGGAUUGGCCAUUAUUGGAUCAGAUGAAUUAAAAGUAUAUGAAAUAAUAGCCUAUAAACAUAAAACGCAUACUAUUUUAAGGGCUAAAAUAUGUGACCAGCUUUAUUUUCAACAACGAAAAGACAACUUUUCAUCAUUCAUUGACAAUAAUCAACAGAAUUGGCUCGUCAAAUUUGAAACACAAGAGCACCAAUUGGAAUUUAGCGAUCUUCUCAAAUUUUAUGGUGCCCAAAUUUUACUAGAAACUUUAAAUCACAGCAAAGAUGAGAAAAAGGUAAAUAAACCAGAAGUCACACCUAAACCUGAAACCUCUUCCAAUUACCCAGAUUCUGAUAGCUCAGAUUCUACUAGAAAAGCUAAUAUUUUGUCUAGAAUAACUAAAAUGGGGCAACAAGUGGUGCCCAAACCAGUGCCAAUAUUAGAAUCAGAUAUUUCAGAUGAAAAUGAAAGUCAUGAAAGCAAAACUAGAAAAUUUCGGAAGGUGAAAAAGUUUGAACGAGAAGAAAUCCAGUAUCCACCUGAAUCUGUAAGCACUGAACUUGUCCAAAAACCUUUACUAUCAGUGCCACAAGUUUACUAUUCACAACCAACAUAUGGAGAUCUUAACUCGGUACUUCUAGCUCAAAAUUCGGAACUAAGGUGUAGCUUGAAUCAAAUUGCACAGAAGUUAGAUAAUCUAAACACUCAGAAUAAAGGGAGCACAAGUAAUUUAAGCUCUAAGGUAAAAGUAUUAGAACUUAGAACAGAAAAUCUACAAACAGAAUUGCAAAGGUAUAAACAAAAAUGUUAUGAUCUAGAAAGUAAAAAUUCUGCUCACAAUUCAAAACGAGAUGAAAAGUCACUAGAAAUUUCUCAUUUAAAAGAAACCAUUGCAGAAAUGAAUACCAAACUUUUAGAAGCUAAUAGUAAAGUCAUUAAUCUAGAACGCUUUAAAAAUGAGGUAGAAGAAAACAAAGCAAUAAUUUUGGAGCUGGAAAAUUUGAUAGAGACUCAAAAGAAUUCCCUGGAAGAAUUGGAUCUCUUAUACCAGCAAUCGAAGACUACAAAUAUGGAGGCUAAUUCAUUGAUUACAAAUUUAAACCACAAGAUAAAAGAACAUGAAAUGCAUGUUCAAAACAGCGAUUUAGAAAAAAUAGAUUUGCAUCAAGAAAAUUUACAGCACAUCAACAUUUUGUCUGAUUUAGUGAAAACAUCUAUGAAUGGUAUGUAUCAAUCAAUACUAAAUUCACUUGAUCAAGAUGGUUCUGAUAAUUUUAAUGAUGUACAAAGUGUCUUGGCGAAGAAUCUCAAAGACACUUCAUUCAGAAUAAUAAAUGGAAUUAAAGCUGAAUUGAAAAGCGAAGAAAAUAAAGAUGUUUAAGUUUUUGCUGCAAAGUGCUGGAACAGAAAUUUAUUUUGCAAUAAAUGGUAACAACGCAACUUCUUGUUUAUUUGUUGUUUCCGCAAUAAAGUGCAUUCCCAAGUAUUUAUGGUGGUGGGCCAAAUUAUUACAGCCAUCAGGUAAAAUGUAACUGUUGUUAAAAAAAAGUAAAUUGUAAAUAUAUUUGUUUAUAUUUUAUAAUAUUGUCACAUUGUAUAACAUGUACAAAUUGUUGAAUAGAAUAGGGAACUUGCAUAAAAUUGUUAAUUCGAUGUUGUUUAUGUUAUAAAUUACAACAGAACAUAAUUUAAAAUAAAGAAAAAGGAAGUUGUUUUUGACUUUCGAUUGGCCCCUAAAGACGAUUCUAAAUUCACAUUAUAGCAGCCAGCCGAAAAGGCGUCGUGACGUCAUAUGAUUAUAAUGUUUACACUGUGCACCAUUAAUGCAUUAGGUUCAUUGAUAUUCAUUUACUUGUAAUCAUUUUUAGUCUAAGAGCUAGAGCCGAAAAAUCAUCGUCAUAAGUAAUAUGGAGUUUGGCAUGUGAAAUGUGUCUAUUGUAUAUUAAUAAUUACGACCCCUUUCAGGCUGACAGCUCAGUGGAUACAGGAAGUAGCAAUAAGGGAUGUAAGGGGAAAGUUAGUGUAGUCUUUAUAGGUUUUCACCUCCUAUUUUGUUAAACCUCCAUCGAUUUGCAUGAAAAUUGGUGACUAGUUAGAGCAUACCUCAAGAAAUAAACAUGAUUUGGUGCCAACUUCCACUUUUACCCUGGGGGUGGAUAGCACCCUUUCUCGAAGGUGAAAACUAUUUUAUUAAAAAUAACCCCACAAAUCGAUAGAGGGACAAAUUAUAAGUAAAAUUUGUUAUAUCAUGUUAUUAAAGUGAAUCAAUACUUUUUUAGUUAUUAAAGAUCAAAGACUUGUCUGUUUAAGAGCACAUAUGCGUGAAGUUACGGAUGAUAAAAAGAACAUAUUAAUUAAUUGUAUGUUACUAAAAUAUUAUUUCGAUAUUAUAAAUUUAGCAAAAAUGUAUUCGAAUAUGUCGAUGUACCCAUUAUUGGACACUCGCAGUUUCUGUGCAUAUUCAGUUUAUAUUGAUAGAAAAAAUUCAAUCAAACAUCGAAAUAAUAUAAAAAUAAUAUUUUACUAACAUACAAUUAAUUAAUAUGUUCUUUUUAUCAUCUGUAACUUCACGCAUAUUAUGCUCUUAACCCAUUAACCGCCAAGCAAAGAAAUACUGCGAUAAUAUGUAAUAUAUUUGAUUAAUUAGAGUAAAAUAAACUUAAACAUUCGUAAAAAAAUUAUUUUACACUUUGAUAAUGGCAGGUGUCACAACAACAAAAUGGUUCGUUUUCGAACCUUUGGCGGAAAUGAGGUAUAAAAAUUAAAAUACACAAUUUUAUUUUUUGUGAAAAGUCUCAAAACAUUUAGAGUUUAAAUGGUGUGGAAGUUUUGAUAAACAAAAAUAGUAUGGUUAGAACAUUGCCUACACCUUCUGCAGCUUCUUUCUCAAAAACAAAUCGAACGGCCCUUUAUCUUUUUUAGAAAUUAUUUUAUAUAUUUCCAGUUUACACUUUCCAAUCCUGUAUCUUGCUCUGUGCCAGUUGCAUAAAUUCGACAAAUCGACAUUGUCUACAAGACUACACAACCUCCCUUAUGUAGCCCCCCCCCCCCUAGAUUAUAACAAAAC